UGCAAAUUACCUUUUAUUAGUUCUUUCUAUUCUUUUGUGGUUUCGUAGUUCGUGGAUUCGUGCAAUAAUGUACUUAUGUACGUACUACAUACCGUUUGACGGAAAAGUGAAAUCUUCAGCUACAAUCCAAUGAAACGGUGCUACAGAUGAUCGGCCACAGUGACAAUCAUUUCAAAUUUCAAUGGGGUCGAAUCUUCUCUCAGUUGUCUAAUCCAAUCGUCGAGACUCGAGAGUAUGGCUAGCAGGGUAAGGUGUGACACCGCGCAACCCAAUUGAAAUCGCGAUCGGCAAUUCCAUAGAUAUAGGCUAGCAAUUAGUAAAUAGCCUAAUAUGGUUCGUUCUGAUUGUAAAGGCACAUUUUAUACUUUCUGUCUGUUGAAGGAGCGGGAAAAAGCGUAGCUUUAGAAAACGAACCAGAGAGAACAGCCCGUCUACCGUUGGGCGGCCGUCCAUGCCCAGCGUCUCCAAUACCACAAAACUGGCCAUCUUCUCUGCAACCCAUCCAAGAAUUCUUCUCAGAUUUCAAUCGAGACCCUUCUCAUCUUCCUCAGUCCCAUCUCAUCAGCAUAUUGCCCAUCUCAUCCUUGAUCAGAAAUCUCCAUCUCAAGCCCUCCAGACCUUCAGAUGGGCCGCCAAACUCCCGAAUUUCAUCCACAAUCAAUCCACCUACAGAGCUGUGAUCCACAAGUUGUGCACCUUUCGGCGAUUUGAAACUGUAAAGGAGCUGCUCGACGAAAUGCCUGGUUCAAUAGGGUGUCCCCCUGACGAAGACGUCUUUGUCACGAUUGUCCGAGGGCUUGGUCGGGCCCGGAUGACUCGAGAAGCGACUAAGGUACUUGAUUUGGUUGCUCGAUUUGAAAAGGACCCGUCUUUGAAAAUAUUUAAUUCGAUACUGGAUGUUCUUGUGAAGGAAGAUAUUGAUUUCGCUAGGGACUUUUAUAGGAAGAAGAUGAUGGGAUGUGGAAUUCAGGGUGAUGAUUAUACUUUUGGGAUCUUGAUGAAGGGUCUCUGCUUGACGAAUAGAAUUGCCGAUGGUUUUAAGCUUUUGCAACUGAUGAAAUCUCGAGGCAUUACGCCAAAUACCGUGAUUUAUAACACCUUAAUCCAUGCCCUUUGCAAGAAUGGAAAGACUGGGAGAGGUCGCAGUUUGAUGAGCGAGAUGAUGGAGCCUAACGAGGUCACUGUCAAUGUUCUGAUAUCGGCAUAUUGUCGGGAUGGAAAUCUGGUUCAAGCCCUCGUGCUGUUGGAGAAGAGCUUCUCUCUAGGGUUUGUACCUGAUGUCGUUACAAUUACCAAGGUGGUUGAAAUUCUCUGUAACGAAGGUCGUAUUAGAGAGGCUGUUGAGGUUUUGGAAAGAGUGGAGGAGAAAGGUGGCACAACCGAUGCCGUGGCUUACAACACUCUGAUUAGGGGCUUUUGUAAAUUAGGGAAAGCAAACGUUGGGUGUCGAUUCUUGAAGGAAAUGGAGAGUAAAGGCUGUCUUCCCAACGUACACACAUACAACGCAUUGAUCUCUGGUUUCUGCGAGUCUGGAGAUUUUGAUUCAGCUCUUGAUUUGUUUCGUGAGAUGAUAAUAGAUGGGAUUAACCCGACUUUUGGCACAUAUGACACAUUGGUCAGAGGCAUGUGUUCAGGAGGAAGAAUGGAAGAUGGGUUUAAGAUUUUGGGUCUAAUGGAAGAAAGUAAAGGGGGUUCAGGAGGUCAAAUUAGUCCUUAUAAUGGUGUCAUAUAUGGUCUAUACAAGGAAAACCGUUUGGAUGAGGCACUUCAGUUUCUCACCAGGAUGAGAGGUUCUUUUCCAAGAGCUGUUGAUAGGAGCCUGAGAAUAUUGGGUUUCUGUGAGGAGGGAAAUAUGGAGGAAGCAAAGAGGGUCUAUGAUCAGAUGAUCCGGGAAGGUGGUAUUCCUAGUGCUCUUGUCUAUGAUCGAUUAAUUGGCAAAUUGUGCCAAGGAGGCGAUGUGAGGGUGGCAUUUGACCUAAUAAAUGAUAUGAUUGAUCAUGGUUAUUUUCCCAUUGCAUCUACAUUCAAUGAGCUCAUCAGUGGGUUUUGCAAGCAAGGUAAAGUAGGAAGUGCUUCAAAGUUCAUGGAGGAGAUGGUUGAGAGAAGAUGUUUAACUGAUACAGGAAGCUACAGUCCCCUUAUUGAUGCUCUUUGUAAGAAGGGUUAUUUUGAAAAAGCUGUGGUGCUUCUGCUGCACAUGGUAGAUAGAGGUGUUACUCCCGAUUAUUUUAUAUGGAACGCUUUGCUUCUCUGUUUGAGUCAAGAAACAAUGUGGUUGGAAAGUAGAAACAUCCCUCGUGUAAGUAACCUAUUAAACUGGAUUCAUGAGAAUUAAUCAAAUUCAUUGAACCCGUCCUUUGUAGUUAAUUGUUGCUAUAGCUAAUGAAAUCAUAAAGUGCGAAGAAUCGACUCCCCAGCCCCAGGUAACCAUCAAUGCAAAAUGAUGUUGAUGUGAUAAUGCAUAGAAAAUUGUAAUGUGAAAACAUCAUGCUGUCACCGUUUUUGUGCUUGAAUCCAA